AUGGAAGACCAAAAUCCGCACAUUAGUCCAAACCCCCUUCAAUGCCCUCCACCUGCAACGCCUCUGCACCAGCUAUCACCCGAGCGUAUGAACCAGCAACGAAUCCCUCAGUCACCCUCCCUACACAGCUAUCUCGUGGACCAUGACCGUCCACGUACGCGCGACUCUAUGGCAUCCGAUGUUCAGACGAAAGUUGCAUUCCUCAACAGCCUGGCCAACGGCAGCACGCAAUCCUCGCCAACCCGCUCCAGAAGAGCCGCUGCACCUUCGGAAAAUGCCUCUCCCAUCAAGAGCGAGGUCAACGGCAGCAAUGCAGCUUUCCAACGAGCCAUAAUGGGCUACGAAGAAGCCCAAGCAAGCCUCGCAACACUAUCCGCCGAACUCGAGCGCGCCAGAGAAGAACUCGCUUCCCGUAAGAAGCGCGAACGAAUGCUCUCCCAACGCGUCGAAGACCUACUCGAGGAGCUCCAAGCCGACAAAAAGAAGCGGGUCCGCGACCAAGAGUCCUACACGAAGGAAAUCAAGCGCUGCCGUAAAGAAACAUACCGGGCUGAGUUGGCUGUUGUUGAAGCUAGACAGGACCUUCAGGAGACAAGGGCAGAGUUAAAGAAAUGCCAGGCAGACAUCCAGCAUGAGAAGAGUGAAAAAGAGAAGUCGAGGCAGGAGAGUUUUGAGAGGGCUUAUGCCCUGGCUGGGACAGUGGGAGAAUUAGAGCAGGUCAAAGACCAGUUGAAGGUGGUCGAGAGGGAGAGGGAUGCUGCGCUUGUGGAAGCCAAAACCAACGCUAUUGAGAAGAGCACCACCUUCGAGAAGGGGAUCCAGACCGAUUCCGUGGCAGAGACCGAGCCGAGAAAGGAAGAGGCACAGGACGAUAGAUCCGCAUCGAUCAUGGCGGUAAGAGAAGCAAUCAAGAGUCAGUGGGCGCAUCACGCGCACAGCGUGAGUGAUCCUCGGCCUGUAUCUUCUGAAAGUACAGCAUCUAGGAGCCGCAUCACGACCGAGAGACUACCACGUCUGCGCGCACCACAGAUCCCGGACUUCUCCUCUGUGAUAUCGCAUCUGAAUUACUUCAGUAAGCAGUCGGAAAGAGAGAAGAUGGCGCCUGAAGAGGAGAUUCAAUUUUUGAAGCAAGAACUUACCUGGGCAAAGCGGAAGCACACCGAAGACGCCGACUUGAUCCACCUUAUGCAUAUGCAGUGCCAAUUUAAGGCUUGCCCUUGCCGUCUGGCAGAGUCGAACGGUGAGAGAUUUGUCCAUGAUGCGGUUUAUGAUGCAAAGAUGCAGCAGCAGCAAGUGUCGAAGAAGAGAAAGAUCUCGAAGGAAACAGAGGAGGUUGUGCUUAAGGACAGCGCGCCCAAAGAACAAUACCUUGUGCCGAAAAUGCCUGAGACAGCGAGACUGCCUCCAGAACCGACCCCAGACCUGGGUAGUCGAUGCUUGGAGUCGCCUUUGGUCCUCGAACAAGCCAUAGAAGUCCCCCUUCCUGAGCCUGACCCAAUGGAAUUGGACUCGAGCAAUACUACACUAGAGCCUACCGCUCAACUGGAGGAGAUCACACAAGUCCUGGUUGAGCAGGCCACCGGCUCCAAAACCUUUGCCUUUUCAACUUCAACCACAAGCAACGCCGACCUGAGAGCUGUGGCUCCACCUCUUCGACACACGGAGAGUGCCUCAGCUGUACUCGACGCAGAUUUGUUCGACCUUUCACCCCCGAAACAACUUCCGCCCAGACGUCCUUCUACAGCGAUGGGUAUUUUGAAUGCAAAUUCACCCAUCCGUCUGGUUCCAGAAUCACCUCGUUCAGCCAGAUCAUCCCGCGAUAGCAUCCGACCUGCUGCUAGAGAUCGAACGCAGGCCAUACCGAAAUCAGCAACGACAACGACCAUCACCAAGGUAGCGCUCAAGGACUCGCCACCACGGACGAGCUUGCACAGACGAGCUCAAUCAAAACCUAAUCUUCGAACCCAGUCACCCUUGGUGACCUCAACAGUAAUGUCUCACCACAAUGACUCAGACAUGCAAUCUGCAUUCGUCAAGGACACGUCUGCGUCGCCCGCGGCAAGCACCGUCUUCCCAAUGACACCUGUCCACAAGCAAGCGAGAUCCAUGCAUACUCUAGCGCAGGUGCAGCAAACCGGCACCGAACGGGAAACGACAAGCCCACCACAAACCAUCGCCACAACUACCACGACAAGAGUCCCCCUCCGCAGCAAUCCAGAAGCAGACGACGUGUUCAGUCCGGAGCACCACCCACGCUCGACCCUGCACGAGCAUGCUCAAACCGAAGUCCUCAACAUUUGCACCGAAAAUAUCCCCCCGUCAACCAUCACCUAUCCCCAGUCCGCAUCCCGGCCGACCUUCGUCACCUCCUCCCACCAAGCUAUGCUCACCAACGUCCCCGGCACGCCCAUCAGCCGCGAAGCCGCACUCGCGCAGAUCCGCGCGCGACGAGACCGAGCCCGAAGCGUCAACUUGAAGAGAUCGCUCGAAGGCGGCAACGUGGGAAAGGAGAACACCGGUGGCGGAGCCAGAAGUCCGACCAAGGGUAGGCCCGUCGUCGUCAAUGGGAUUGGCAAGGAGAAUGCAGGCCUCGGCGGUGUCAGGACGGUGAGGGAGAUCAGCCAGGCAAGCGCGCCGGGCAGGUUUGCUUUUUGA